AUGGCUUCCAUCCUCACUCUCGUUUUCAUCGCCUUUUCAUCUCUCAUGUUGAUUUCUGCCACUCCCAUUCCAACUUACGACGCUGUUUUGGAGAAGAAGGCGGCCACGCACCACGGCAAGGGGACAUGGUUCCACCCUGGCAUGGGCAAUUGCGGCAAUUAUAACACAGACAAUGACCCGAUUGUCGCCAUUGGUUUAGAUCUCUACAAACAGAAUGGAGGCAACAACUGUGGCCAGUGGGUGUCAAUAACCUCUAACGAUAAGCACGCCUAUGGGAUUAUAUGGGAUAGCUGCCCGGGAUGCAAUAAUAACGAUCUGGACAUGUCCCCUACGCUCUUCCAGAAGUUCGGUCCUCUUGAUAAAGGGGUUCUCGAUAUCAAGUGGGAGUUCCAACCUAGAGGAUGGUCGCCUUGA